AUGUUGUCCGCAUUUACCGCGCGGCCGCUGGUCGAGCUCAAACCGCGCGACAAAUCCAAAAUCGACUCCGUGCUGGCCUAUGGCGACCGUCUUCUCGCUGGCCUCAACAACGGCACGCUCCGUAUCUACCGCGUGACUGACGAUGGCAAGACCGAGCUGCUGCGGGAGCUGGAGAAGUUCUCCCGGUACAAGAUCGAGCAGCUGGCGUUGGUGAAAGAGGCGAAGGUGCUGGUCUCGCUGGCAGGCGGGUAUGUUUCUCUUCACGACUCGCAGACGUACGAGCUCCACGAGCAGCUGGCGCAAACGAAGGGCGCCUCUGCGUUUGCGAUCACAUCCAAUGUCGUUCACGAUCCCGAUACCAAUGUUCCUGCGAUUGUCUCGCGACUGGCAGUUGCCGUCAAGCGGAAGCUCUUGAUGUGGGUUUGGCGCGACAUGGAGCUGGAGCCCAAUGUUGCCGAGUUGAGCUUGGUUAGCGCGAUCAAAACAACGACCUGGGUGUCUGCGACACGCCUGGUGGUGGGAUUAAGUUCCAGCUUUGUGAUGGUCGAUAUCGAGUCUGGCCAGGUGACGGAGCUCGCGGGACCGGGCAGCAUGGAGGAAGCUGGGCGGUUUCAGGGGGUUGGGGCAGCGAGCAUGAGCUACAUCGGCAUGGGAGGCAUGGUGCCACGUCCGCUUACUACAAGACUCCGCGAAGGGCAGAUUCUGUUGGCCAAGGAUAUCAACACACACUUUAUUGAUGUGGAUGGUCAACCCCUCGGCCGACGACAGAUUCCAUGGAGCCACGCCCCCGUGGAGAUCGGGUACUCCUAUCCUUUUUUGCUAGCGCUGCAUGAUACGGCCAAAGGUGUUCUGGAAGUACGCAACCCGGAAACUCUGUCUCUCCUACAAUCGAUCCCGCUUCCUUCGGCGUGCAUUCUGCACAUCCCGCAGCCGAAUAUCAGCCUGGCACAUGCGGGUAAAGGAUUCCUGGUCGCAAGUGAUAGAAUCAUUUGGCGAAUGGAAGCCCUUAGCUAUGACACACAGAUCGACACUCUCGUUGAGAAAGGAUACCUGGACGAGGCGAUCAGCCUGUUAAGUAUGCUGGAAGAUGCUCUCUUACAAGAUAAAGCCGGUCGACUGCGCACAGCAAAGCUUGAGAAAGCGCAGAGUUUGUUUGCCUUGCAUAAAUAUCGUGAUUCAUUAGAUCUGUUUACUGAGGUUUCGGCUCCUCCGGAGACUGUUAUUCGUCUAUACCCAAAGCUCAUUGCAGGAGACCUUUCUGCCGUUCCCGACCAAAAUGGCUCUGAUACAAAGACGAACGGCGACCAUACGGAUGGAUCUUCAGAGGCUGCGGCCGCGACGGCAAGUCAAUCUCUCUAUGCGACCUCUGCAAAAUCUUUGCUCCGAAGAGCCGAGGAAGGAAGUGAGACAAGCAGCAUUCGCGGGGAUGACAAAGACAAAGAUCUGAAGAACUCGGUACGCGAAUUACAGGGAUACCUGGCCGAUGUCCGUCGACGCUUCCAGCGAUUUUUGGGGCCUGAUGGUACGCUCAAGGUGCCAGUGCCCACUGAAGCCACCGAUGAGGCAAGCAGCUCCGUGCUCAAAUUACUUGAUUUUCCCACCGCAGAGAACUUUCUGGAAACCCUUCGUUCCAAGGCGCGACUUGUCGAUACCACGCUAUUCCGCGCACACAUGUAUGCCACACCAUCGUUGGCCGGGUCACUGUUUCGGAUUGCCAACUUUUGUGAACCCGAUGUGGUGAUGGAACGCCUUGAGGAGACCGGUCGAUAUAACGAUUUGAUCGAUUUCCUCUAUGGCAAACGGUUGCAUCGCCAGGCGUUGGAGCUAUUACGACGUUUCGGGCACGAAGAAUCGGGUCUGUUGAGCGGACCCACGCGCACUGUUGCAUACCUGCAAAACCUACCACCCGACCAGAUCGAUUUGAUUCUCGAGUUUGGCGAAUGGCCGCUUCGCACUAACCAUGAAUUGGGCAUGGAGGUAUUUCUGGCGGAAACCGAAAAUGCCGAAACACUGCCUCGGCUGCGGGUACUUGAUUUCUUGGAGAAGAUUGAUGAAAAGCUCGCUGUUUGGUAUCUGGAACAUGUCGUUCAAGAGUGGAACGAAUUGAGCCCAGAUUUGCACCAACGACUUUUGAUGCUAUACCUUGACCAGGUCAACGCCGAUAAGAAUGACGCCAAGAGCAAGGCAAAAUUCCUGUCAAUGCUCCGCGAGAGUGAACAGUAUUCGCUAGCCAAGACGCUAGACCGGUUGGAUCGAGAGGAUCCUGAUUUCUAUGAGCCGCGCGCUAUUAUAUUCAGUAAGAUGGGACAACAUCGCCAGGUCCUGGAAAUCUACGUUUUCAAGUUAGAAGACCACGAGAAAGCAGAAGAAUACUGUAAUCAAGUUCAUCUUUCCGAGAUGACCACUCAGGCUGGAGACAACCAAGAUGAGGAGGCUGCAGACAACUCCAUUUAUCUCACCCUGCUGUCUCUCUACCUGUCACCACCACAUGGCUACCAGCCGCAACACAGUCCCGCCUUGGCUGUCCUUGCCAAACAUGGGUCUCGGCUCCCAGCAGACGCUGCACUUACUCUCAUUCCUGUCAAUCUGCCCGUCCAAGAACUGGAGUUUUACUUCAAGGGCAGGAUGCGGGCCGCCAAUUCCGUUUUUAACGAAGCCCGUAUUGUGGCAAACCUGCGAAAGGCACGCGACGUGCAGACCCAGGCUCAGCUCGCACUUGGUGACGGUGUUCGGAACGGCGGGACCCGGGCUCGUCAUGUCACUAUCACGGAGGAGCGGAUCUGCGGCGUGUGUCACAAGCGACUGGGCGGAAGUGUGAUCAAUGUAUUUCCCGACAACAUGGUCGUCCAUCUGGGCUGUGCCAAUCGCGUGCCAAGCAAUGUUCAUUCCGGAUAG